AUGGACCAACUCUGGUUCUGCAACGGCCUAUGGACUUGCUUAGGAGAUCUACCGCACAACGGCUCUUACGCAAGACAACCAACCCGUGGACUUCAUCGCCAAAGCGGGAAUGCUAAUGGAUAUUACUCAACGAUCAUCCUGAUACCGGAAUUCCAGCUCGGAGUAGUGCUUCUCAUUACUGGCGAUGCGGAAUUGCUGAAUCAUCUGAGAGAGAGUAUAACGUCUACAUUUGCCCCCCUUGCAAAUGAGUUACUUCGCACUGCCGCAUCUUCGAGGUACGUGGGCUGUUAUAAAUUGUCUACCGGCACGGAUGGCAUCUCCGUGUCCAACGGUAGGAUCGAGCUCGCAGAAGACAACCAAAGGCCAGGGAUUCACCGGAAAAGUUGGACUUCUCUCGGCGUAGAUUUUGUGGCCACAUAUGCUGAGCUAUCGGGUCACUACCUGGCGAUCUCGUCACGGCAGCUUUCAUGGCUGAAAUUUGGCGGCUUGUUAUUAUACCAGAAAUGCGACCAAGAUCAGGGCCAGAAGCGAUUGUGGGACGACUUCUGUGCUGCGGAUAUUGACGAUCUCUCUUAUGCCGGGAAACAAUGGGAGAGUUCCACGUGGGUUUUAAUGCAAAGGGACAGGCGAUGA